AUGAACGAUAGCGACACUGAAAAAUUCAGGGACAUAAGCGACAGGGUACAGGGGAAGUACACCCCAGUUAUAAAAUUCGGAGGAACCAAUAAAUACAUCAAUAAAAAUUACACAAAUGAAUCCGAUGCCACAAAUAAUAUAAGUUUUACCGGAGACUGGUUCAACAGAAGCAGCGCAGAUAUAUACUGCGAUAACAAGUACGGGGUGAACCGAGUCUGCUUCUCCCCCCAAGGGAAGUACGUAGCAGGAUGUGGAACAAACGGCAUAAUUUACGUAUACGAUUUGUAUGAAAACAAACUGCUAACCAAAAUUUGCACAAAGAUUGACAACAUAAGAGACUUGAAAAUAAGCGAUAAUGACAAGCAUAUAUACGCCUGUGGGGAUAAUAAAAUUAUAGAAAUAUUUGAUCUGUACCAAAGGAAGAAAAUCUUUAACGAUGAUGUUGCUAGGUAUGUGGACGUAUCCAUCCCAAGCAUACUUAAGAAUCAAAGUGGUGACAAUGGGGGGAAUGACCAAACGGGGCAAGCACAACUGCCCGUGAGGGUGGCAAGAAAAAAUCUACUUGAUAACAUCUACGCCCCAUUGCUGAAGGUUAAGCAUAAGGAUUUUACCAACAACAAAGUUGUGUAUGUCCCAAUAUUUAACUACUCCGACUUGAUCAAAAGGAGCAUCAAUAUGGUGGACUUAAAUUGCAUUAAAAUAAGGAAAGUAAAUUCAGUUAUUGAUAAAUCCGUAUUUAUUAUUAAGGACUCACACGAAUGUAGCACUUCCUGCUUGGCAGUGCCAAACAUAAGCAACUUUUUACUGUAUUCAGGGGGGGGAGAUGGGUUGUUAAAAAUCUGGGACAUAAGAAUGAAUUUGUUUACCCUACAUAAAAAGGGAAAUUAUAAGAAGCCCUCAUUCAGUAGCAUAUUUUUGGAUAAUAAAAAUCCAUAUGCUUCUAUAUGCUCACAUGAGGAUAUUCUGACGAGCAUCAAUUUUAACAAUACCCUAGACUAUGAAGGUGUCUAUAAAAAGAGGAGGAGAGUAAGGAAGAGGAAGGAAUGUGCUGCUGAUGGGAAUAGCUCACAGAUGGGAAAGGAAUCCCAUUGUGGGAAGGAUGAAAAAUCGGUUAGGUUCAGCGAUGAGGAACUUUUCUUGGACGAUGAUAACAGUAGUUGUUCUUUUUCCUCUUCGUGUUCUUCCGUGUCCUACUCGUCUAUCUCCUUUGACUUGACGAGAAAUAAAUUUAAUAACGUCCUUAUGACAAGUGGAUAUGAUGGAUAUAUUCGGCUGUACGAUAUAAACAAUAAUAUUAUUAAAUCCUUUUACGAUGAGGACAAAAGUAUCACGCACUGUAUGUUCAGUUAUAACAACAAGUAUAUCAUUAGCACGAACAAGACCAAGUACGCAAAAAUCUUUGACUUCAUCUACAUGAAUAAUAAGAAGAACGCAAGAAAUAUGGUGAGCUACCUUGCUAAUUACAAGUCUUAUCAUUUGAACAAACGAUGUGUAGGUGGGCAAAUGGGGGAGGAUGACAAUGAGUAUGGGAAUUACGCCAAUCUGUACGAUGACAACUUUUCGAAAGACAUAUACGAUAAGGAAUUCCAACCAUGUAGUAUUAAGAAUAUAUAUGAAGAUAAAGAACUGGGAGAAAGAAUAAAACUUGUGAACGAGUUAAACAGUAAGAUAAAUAAAGACGAUAAGAGGAAAGCUGCGGGUGAGGGUGACAAGGGGGAAAACCCAAUGGAAAACGGAGUGGCAGACGAAAUGGAAAACGAAUCAGAUGGUACCCACUCAAACACAGAUUCCAGCCUUUUUGAUGAAAGUACAAUAAAAACGAAUAUUUUUUACGAACAUGUUAAUAAAAAGUUGGAACCUACGUGGUCCCUUUUUGUGGAUAAUUUGAAAUGUAUGAAUCUCAUCCCGCACGAUAAGCUAAGCGAAAGUCUGAGGAGAAACCACCAAUAUGUUAAGUCACUUUAUAAAAAAUUGUAUCAUAGUAGUGAUAGUAGCCAUCACAAUCAGGGUGAGGCAAACUCAGCAGAACAAAUCUACCACUCGCAAAACGACCGAAGAGAGCACAUGCUAUAUUACGAAAUGUCAUAUAUUAUAAAUAACGAAUCGGAUAUUCCUAAUUUUUAUUCCUGUGUAGCGGGAGAUAAGUGCAUUAUUCCGUCAGUCGACACGUAUGCACAUGUGUAUGACAUAUACACGGGUUUCCAUGUUAACACAAUAAGCAAUCUUUACUUGCCAAACUAUCAUCAUACUGAUAAUUCGUAUUUUGAUUCAUGUAGCAUAAAGGAGCCAUUUUUUAAAAGGAGGCAUUUGUCUUUUUUAACAAGUGCUGAUACAUACCCGAAGAACCAGAAUAUCGUUGCAACUUCGAAUGGAUACCCAGAUGGAUCCAUUGUCCUUUGGGUUUUUGCCCCUUUCUAG